UUUAAACUGUGGUAUUUUAAGACUACUGUAUGUUUGCAGUGAGAGCAAUAUUUAACUUGGGUAAUAUGUUACACACACACACACGAGGAAAUUGGUGUGUAGUGUGCCUAGCUGACGUAUUUCAGCUUAUUCAGGUGAAGUAAACCGCAGAUCUGCAUGCGAGCUCAGAGGGCUGUAUUUUCCACACCGGCUUUAUUUCAGGGUUUAUUUCUAUUUUCACUGAUAUACUGAUGUCGGGUUUUCUCACUGUUGCCUGUCAUUCUCUUGACAAAGCAGUAGUGCUUGCUUAGGCUUGUCUCUCUGCUAGUUUAUCUUCACCUCGGGUUGAUACAAGAAAAGUCAUGGAGCCUGUACGGAAAUAAAAGUCCACUCUAACCUACAUGGGGGACAAUGUAGAUGUCAAGGCCCUGAGGGCCAGGUUUCAUUCCCAGGCAGAAAGGGCCACCUCCAGUGGUGGAGCUUACUCCAGGCCUCAUGUGGCUGCUCAUUUGCCGGAGACAUCGGACAAUGGAGUGGUCCGAAGCAAGCCUUCACCUGCAGCUCCAAAGCCAGUGUUUCCAGUGAACCCCAGCACUGAACCCAAGAAGUUUAGUCAGACUCCUCAGGGACUGUUUCCCAAACCUCCACCCUCUCACCGUGUGGGAGCUAAAGAGGAUCCUAAACCGCCUGUCAAUGACUCUGAGAACACAAAGAGAGUAAAACUGACAGGGGAGCUUCUCCAAAACAAGAUGCUGCAACAUCUUGAGAAGAAGCCCCAAUCACUUCCCAGAUCAGCACUGCCAAGCCAGAAGAGCAUCACAGAGGUAGCUCCCCUGAGAAAACCACUUCCCAAUGUUGGACAACGACCUGCAAAGCCCAAAAGACCCCCGGUUGUCAGCCUGGAUCGUUUUCGUGUAAAGGGUCCAGCCGUUCAGCGCAUAGUCCAUCUAGAUCCUAAAACACCUGAAGGGCCGCCACGACCACCAAAAGCAACUUUCCUGUCUGCGCCACAGCCUGUUCCACAGAGAAACACCGAACCUGAACAGGACACAUACGAUGACAUCGAUUUGCCCCCACCUCCACCUCCACCUCCAAAACCAUCUUCCAGUGAAUCAUGGACAAGCAGUUUCUCGUCUCAGGCUGAUGAGGAGAGCGAUCAUAGUGAAAUUUAUGAGCAUAUCGAGGAUCAGGAGGAGACUGCACAGCCUGUGGUCCCAGAGAAGAAAAAACAAAAAGAACACAAACGACAGCAAGUGGAAAAGAGAGAGCAAAAAGAGAGGCUGAAAAAAGAAAAUGAAUACCGAAAAAAAUUCAAACUGACUGGAGAAGUCGAGGUGCUCCACACAGCUCGGGUGAGGGAGGACUGGCAAGGCGGGAAGAACGAUCUGCGUGUGCGGCAGGGAGAGGCUGUGGAGAUUGUGCGUGUGAAGAACAACCCCGAGGGAAGAUGGCUGGCCCGAAACAUGAGUGGGGAAUAUGGAUAUGUCAGUAACACAUGUGUAGAUGUGGACUAUGAAGAAAUAAAGCGAAAGAUUCGCAGUGAAGCUGCUCCUCCUCCCCUUCCUCCUCCUGUCCAUGAGGACGAGUAUGUCUACGAUGAUGUCGGCGCAGACACACUGAACAGCAGGCUAAGUGUGAGCGGUGAGGUAUAUGAUGAUGUUGAUCAUGUCAUACCGGAUGACUUCCCCCUGCCCCCUCCGGAGAUAUGCCAAACCCUGCCAAAAAGCAAGAAGCUAGAAAAGGAGGAAAAGGAGUUCAGAAAAAGGUUUAAGUUUGAAGGCCCCAUCCAAGUUCUUUGCUCUAUGAUGGUGGAUCCAAAUGCCAACAUCAAGAAGGGCGGUGGGAAGGACCUCUCUGUUGUGAAGGGACAAAUUCUUGAAGUCAUCCAGCAGACUAAUGAGAAGAAAGUACUCUGUCGGAAUGAACACGGCAAAUGUAUGUGCUGUGCGCCCUCUUGUGAGAAACACUGGAAUACCAUGGAUAUGUUCCUAGACAUUACCUCCUACAUGAGGAAAAUGAAAUAUAUGAUGACAUUGACAACAUGACAGAUAUUUAUGAUAACGAUGUCAGUGGACCAGUACCACUGCGGUCUUGACAGCCAUUAACAAUGCUAUGAUGGAGAAGAUGGAUGGAAAAGACAACCUGAUGAUACUCGUUCGUGUGUCUCGUGGACAUGAGGACAAUGGAGGAUCAGGAGGAUCAGGAGGAUCAUUCAAGAAAAUGUUGUACAUUGAAGAAAUAAAUACAUGUUUUUACUAAUCUGUGAUAUUUUACAUUCUUACAUUUUAUAUUACUGAUACAAAUUAGCAAUCACCUAAUCACCAGUAAUCACCUGGUCAGACUUCAGCUAUUAAUUGCAGAACAUAUAUUCCCAUAAACAAAUUGCAAAUUCUGUUUUAUUAGCAUGUUCUUAUGAAAAACAUACCUUUUUCACAAAUGAUGUUAUUAAACAGAAAACUGUCACAUAAGACAUGGGAAAGAACUGACUGUCUCCAUAAGGUCUCUAAGGGCCAAGCAUUUUUUGAAGCAACACCAUCUUGAAUAUAAAAAUAUGCUUUGUAGAAGAGAUAACAGACAUUAAUGUGUUAAUAUAUUAAUAUAUAUAUAUAUAGAACAAAAGAAUUUGACUAAAUGUCUUAAGAAAUAAUUAUUCUUACAAUUAUAUUUAGCAAUAUUUUCGGCCUCACAGAUCACAAUCAGAAGUUCCUGAAGGUUUUGAAUAAAGGUAGUAAAGGUAGUGUGAAAGUACAUCAGUAAAAUCUAAUGCAGUAUUUUUGAAAAAUUGCUUGGACAAGUGCCUUCUUCCAUUAAUUGUGAGCCAUAGCUACUUCCUGGGUGUCACUAAGACAAGUGUAACUUUUGGACAUUUGCAGUUUUUAUCCUCAGUAGAAGAUAGAGCUCAAUCUUAAGCCAUUUUUAUCCUCAGUAGAAAACAGCCUCAGCAUUUCGAGUGAUUCUCAUCCUCGAUAAAGCAUGACAUCAGCACUAUUUGGGAGUCCAUGACUGUCUUGCAUGGUGUACUAUUCCACUAGUUCUGCAGGAAACCGCCCUGGUGGUUUAGACCAUGCUUUGAUGAAUAAUUAGAGGAACAUUUAUAGAAAUGUGAGAGAGAAUGCAAGUCAACAUGUAAACAAUUUAACAAAGCAUGGGUGUAAAUCCAAUACGCUGAGUCAUUACCACAAAAAAAAAAAAUCACUGUUUCUUGUAAUUGAUUAUUCCAAAUACCUAACAGACUGUAAUGUAUAAACCCCCACUUAUUAGUAGAACCAUGGUUACAUGCAGUCCCCUCUAAAAGUAUUGGAACAGCAAGGCUAAUUCUUUUGUUGUUGCUAUACACUGAAGACAUUUGGAGUUGAGAUUAAAAGAUGACUUUGAGAUGAUAGUUUAGAAUUUCAGCUUUUAUUUCCUGAUAUUUACAUCUGGUUGUGUUAAAUAACUUAGAACAUGGCACUUUGGUAGCAGACCACCCAAUUUUUAGGUGAACAAAAGUAUUGGAACAGAUAGUCUUAAAGUAAAUAACUUUUAAUAUUUGGUGGCAUAUCCCUUGAAACUGCAUCAAGCUGAUGACCUGCUGACAUCACCAAAUUGCAUUCUUCUUUUGUGAUGCAUUUCCAGGCUUGCUCAAUUGGGUUAAGGUCUGUUGAUUGACUUGGCCAGUCUAAAUCCUUCUACGUUUUUUUUCCCUGAUGAAGUCCUUUACUGUGCUGGCAGUGUGUUUUGGGUCAUUGUUUUGCUGCAUGGUGAAUUAGAUUAUAUGUGUUUCUCUGUAAAUUGGCAGAAUGUUUCUGUAGACCUCUGAAUUCUUUCUGCUGCUACCAUCAUGAGUUACAUCAUCAAUAAAGUUUAAUGAGCCCGUUCCAGAAGCAGCCCUUCAAGCCCAAGCCAUGACACUACCUCCACCGUGCUUGACUGAUGAGCUCAUACCUGUAUGUUUUGGAUCAUGAGGAGAUCCUUUCUUUCUCCAGUCUUUGGCCAUUUCUAUCACUUUGCUAGAAGUUAAUCUUGGUUUCAGAACUUUUGUGGUUCAUCUCUAUAUUUAUGCUCUUGAAGUCUUUGUGGAACGGUGGAUUGUGAUACGUUCACCCCUGCCCUGUGGAGGUUGUUGGUGAUGUCACUGACUGUUGUUUUUGGGGUUUUCUUAAAUAGCUCUCACAAUGUUUCUGUUAUCAUCUGCUGUUGUUUUCCUUGGCCCGACCUGUUCAGUGUCUGGUUGUUAGUACACCAGUGGUUUAUUUCUUUUUCAGGAAAUUCCAAAUAGUUGUAUUGGCUAUGCCCAAUGCUUGUGCAAUGGCUCUGAUCCAUUUUCCCUCUUUUUUCAGCUACAAAAUGGCUGGCUUUUCUCCCAUAGACAGCUCUCUGGUCUUCAUGUUGGUUUAUGUUUUUUAAUAACAGAUGCAGUCUACGUAGGCGAAAUCCAGGGCUCAAACCAAGAGUAGACAUUCAGAGCUAUUAAUUGUUUAAACAGUCAAUGUAACAGGACACACCUGAGCAACAAGAAACACCUGUCAGUCACAUGUUCCAACAUUUUUGAUCACAUGAAAAAUAGGUAGGUGCCAUGUUCUAAGUUUUUUUUUUAACACAUCAAGAUGUAAAUAUCAGGAGAUAAAGGCUGAAAUUCAGAUCUAUUGUCUCGUAUUCAUCUUUUGAUCUCAAAACCGACAGUAUUGCUGUUCCAAUACUUUUAGAGGGAUCUGUAUGUAACCUUCCGUUCUACUUCCUUAAGUUCUGGACCACCAGGGCGGUUUCCUUCAGAACUAGUGGAAGCUGCAUAUCAAAGUCAUCACAAAGGUUCAUAUCACGAUAGUGUAGCCUGCCAGACAAUAAUGGACAGUACGCCCAACUAGCAUUGAUACAGUGCUUUAUUGAAGAAUCAGUCAAAAUCUUCUUUUAUUUGAUUAUUUGAUUUGAUUUGUAUCUCUGUAUGAAUGUAAAUUUGAUACCUUCAGUU